UUUCCUACUUCUGCACACCCAGUUCCUACCUCCAGAUCUGCUUCGUUCAGUUGCUGAGAAGCCUGACACACCAGAGCCACUUGGAAGAAGCUGUCCCCUGGACGGAGGGAGAUGGGUGAUAAUAACGACACGUUGGCCCAGUUCAGCUACAACAUGCUGACCACAGCUCAUUCUCUGCUUACAACAUACAUCCCUGGGAAUGAGGAAGACACCACCACCACUUUUGACUAUGGGGAAAAUGAACCCUGCGAUAAAUUCGAAGUGAAACGUAUUUCAACCUGGCUCCUGCCUCUGCUGUACUCGCUGGUGUUCAUUGUUGGUUUUGUGGGCAACCUGCUGGUUGUCCUCACCCUGAUAAACUGCAAAAAGCUGAAGAGCAUGACUGACAUCUACCUGCUCAACCUGGCCAUCUCCGACCUGCUCCUCCUGCUGACUUUGCCAGUGUGGAUGCAUUUUGUCUCCAAUGAGUGGGCCUUGGGGGAUAUCAUGUGUAAAGUAAUCACAGGGAUAUAUCAGAUUGGCUAUUUUGGAGGAAUCUUCUUCAUCAUCCUCUUGACGAUCGAUAGGUACCUGGCAAUUGUCCACGCUGUGUUUGCUUUAAAAGCCAGGACAGUCACAUUUGGAGCGGUGACGAGUGGGAUCACGUGGGUGGUGGCUGUGUUUGCCUCUCUCCCAGUAAUCAUCUUCACGGAAGCCAAACCUGAAGACGGUGCUUACUUCUGCGGCCCUUACUUUCCAAAAGGAUGGAAGAAUUUCUAUUCAUUAAUGAGGACCAUCUUGGGCCUGGUCCUGCCACUGCUGAUCAUGGUCAUCUGCUACUCAGGAAUCCUGAAGACCCUGCUUCGGUGUCGAAACGAGAAGAAGAGGCACAAGGCGGUGAGGCUCAUCUUCGUGAUCAUGAUCGGCUACUUUCUUUUCUGGACUCCCUACAACAUCACCCUUAUCCUGGACACCUUCCAAGUAUUCUUCGGCAUGAGUAACUGUGUGACCAGCAGCCAGCUGGACCAAGCCAUCUAUGUGACAGAGACCCUGGGGAUGACCCACUGCUGUGUCAACCCCAUCAUCUAUGCUUUUGUUGGUGAGAAGUUCCGUCGGUACAUCUCUGUAUUUUUCCGAAAGCACUUCGCCAAACGCCUCUGCAAACAGUGCCCGAUUUUCUAUCGGGAGACAGCAGAUCGAGUGAGUUCAACAUACACCCCUUCCACUGGGGAGCAGGAAGUCUCAGUUGGUUUGUAG